AACACGCUAACAGCUGCUUUAGCUCAGCGCAAAGACAACAACAUCAGGCCAUAAGUAUGAAUGUUUGUGUGCGUCUUCACCGGGAUCAAGGGAUUCACCUCUCUUAAAUUAACCCGGUGGCAGAAGGCGCUUAGCCUAGCUUAGCAUAAAGUCUGGCUCUGUUCAAAGGUAAAGGAAUCCUCUUCGCAGUCUGACAACCAACUGUGCGUUUUGUUGUCCAACGUAAAAGGUUUUGUUUUUAGCGUGAGCUACCGUAGCUCUCCAGUAAUGGGAGGUUAUUAAAACAGGAUCAACUGGUUUUAAAUAUGUUGUUGCUAAAUGCUGCUAGCUGCUUUUUUUCCUUCAAAUGUGUUUUUUUGAUCUUUUAAGUGAAACUUUUAUCCUGCCGUCCUCGCCAAGACUUAAAUAAAUCCCAAUGGGAGUUUCUCCUCCAUGGUUAGAUAAAAAAAGACACGCUAGGUUCAUGCUAAACUAAGCUAAGCCCGCCUGCUGCUGUCUGUAGUUUUGGAUUUACUGUUCAUGAGAACCACCAAUCUUCUGUUCUAGUUCUCGGGCAAGAAAACAAACAAGCUGGUUUCCCCCCCCAAAAAAAAUCUCAACCGUCCCCUUAAAGUCCAACAUAACUGUGGUACAACCCAAGACUACAAUGAAACCGUGUCUUUCAGAAUGAGGCCGUGGAGACGCUGGACUGCGGUGCUGCUGGCGCUGCUGGCGCUGGAGGCUUCGGCGCAGAAGCUGCCCACCAGGGACGAGGGGCUCUUCCAGAUGCAGAUCAGAGACAAGUCGCUGUUCCACGACUCCUCCGUCGUCCCGGACGGAGCCGAGAUCAGCGGCUACCUGUUCAGGGACACGCCCAAGAGGUACUAUUUUGUGGUGGAAGAAGACAACACACCCCUGUCUGUGACCGUGACACCCUGUGAUGCUCCUCUGGAGUGGAAGCUCACGCUGCAGGAGCUGCCCGAGGAGGCCAGCGGAGAGGCAUCAGGAGAGCCUGAACCUCUAGACGAGCAGAAGCGGCAGAUGACCGUGGACGAGGGGACGGAGCUCUUCACCUACAAGGGCAACGACGUGGAGGCGUACGUGGCCACCAGCACCCCCGCCGGCCUCUACCAGCUGGAGCUGCUGUCCACAGAGAAAGACAGCAACUUCAAGGUGUACGCCACCACCACGCCAGAGUCCGACCAGCCCUACCCGGAGCUGCCCUUCGACCCCCGCGUGGACGUGACCGCGCUGGGCCGCACCACCGUCACCCUGGCCUGGAAGCCCACGCCGACGGGCUUUCUGAUGGGCCAGCCCGUCCAGUACUGCGUGGUGAUCAACAAGGAGCACAACUUCAAGAGCAUGUGUGCCGCUGAGGCCAAGAUGAGCGCGGACGACGCCUUCAUGUUGGCGCCGAAGCCCGGCAGAGACUUCAGCCCGUUCGACUUUGCCCACUUUGGCUUCGUGCCCUCCGACAACGUCUUCGGCAAGGAGCGCGGCCUCACGAGCAACAGGAUCUCCCGGGCGCACGCGACCAAGCCCAAAGCGCUGGACCUUCAGAAGGUGUGCAUCGGCAACAAAAACAUCUUCACCGUGUCGGACCUGAAACCGGACACGCAGUACUACUUUGACGUGUUCGCCGUGAACUCCGCGACCAACACCAGCACGGCGUACGUGGGCACCUUCGCCCGCACCAAAGAGGAAGCCCGUCAGAAGACGGUGGAGCUGAAGGACGGCAGGGUGUCCGACGUCUUCAUCAAGCGGAAGGGCAGCAAGUUCCUGCGCUUCGCCCCGGUGUCCUCGCACCAGCGGGUCACCCUGUCCGUCCACGCGUGCCUGGACGCCGUGCAGGUGCAGGUGCGGCGCGACGGCAAGCUGCUGCUCUCGCAGAACGUGGAGGGGGUGCGGCAGUUCCAGCUGCGCGGCAAGCCGAAGGGCAAGUACCUGAUCCGUCUGCGGGGCAGCAGGAAGGGCGCCUCCACCCUGAAGGUGCUGGCCACCACCCGGCCCAGCAGCAAGCAGCCCUUCCCGUCGCUCCCGGAGGACACGCGCAUCAAGGCCUUCGACAAGCUGCGCACCUGCUCCUCCGCCACCGUGGCCUGGCUGGGCACGCAGGACCGCAACAAAUACUGCAUCUACCGCAAGGAGGUGGCCGAGAGCUACGGCGAGGAGCAGCGGCGCCGGGAGCAGAACCAGUGCGCCGGGCCGGAGACCCGCAGGAAGUCGGAAAAGGUCCUGUGCAAGUACUUCCACAGCCCGAACCUGCAGAAAGCGGUGACCACGGAGACCAUCGCGGGCCUGGAGGCGGGGAAGACCUACCUGCUGGACGUUUACGUGGUGGGACACAGUGGUCACUCGGUGAAGUACCAGAGCAAACUGGUGAAGACGAGGAAAUAUUGCUAAAUGACUCUGCAAAGAAAAAAAAUCUAUUACAAAUAUAUAUAUAUAUAUAUAUUAAAUAAGUUUAUUUAACUCUAAGUGAUAUUCUACUAAGGAGUGUAUACAGACUGACUACUCACACGAGCGGAGGCGGCCUGUGGCGGUGACUGUUUGUAGAGAGAGAUAUCAAACUGUAUAUUUAUGUUCACGUUUCAUCGGGGGCCCCUGCGGGCGGCCUGUUUUUCCACCGGGGAGGCGGAGCUUGAGGGAAGGUCACCUCUCGUUGCCGCUGCACGACGCUCGGCUCUCGCCGGUCCCAUCUGUGCGUUCUCCAACCGGCCGCCCCGCGUUGUAUAGAUCUCUCACUGCGUGUUCACUACGUGUUUUAGGAGGAAUUUAAAUUAUUUUAUACUUUUCAACUCUCUCGUUCUUUUUUCCGUGAUUGUUUUUAUUGACGACGAUGAUAACUGUAAAAUUGGAAACUGUAAAUUGCAGUUUUCCGAUGAAGCCGUCGUAGUUUGGACAUUCCCUUGUGUAUCUCAGUGUUUGCUGUUCGUGUAAAUGUCUUCUGUGCCGGAGGUCUGUGUUAUUACCACUGUAUCGCUGUGGGAGUGUGUGUGUGUGUGUGCGUGUGCGUGCGUGCGUGUGUGUCACAUGUACAGUUGUCCUGCCAAUAUUCAUGUACAUAAACACUAAAUAUAGAACCAGUAAUCUCUCUGUCA